AUGGAGCGAUGGUCCGCGGACGAGGCGCGCGCGCUGAUUGCUCUGCGGGAACGCGUGGAGCGCGAAACGAGUCGCUCGAUUAACGCCAAAGCCGGCAACGCCAGUGAUGAUGACGAGGAGGAUGGCGGGGUGGUGGAUUUUGGCGGGAAGCGCAUGUGGGAGUGGGUCUCGACCGAGAUGAAGAAGCAGGGGUAUCAGCGAUCCAUGGUGCAAUGCAAGGCCAAGUGGACCGUGCUCUUCAACCGAUACAAGAGCAUGGAGCUGUCGGAGAGGCAGGGCAAGGCGUGUCCGUUCUUUGACGAGCUGACCGUCAUCUUCAAGAUCCGCGCCGAGCAGGCUGCUCGAGUGGCCGCCCUGGGCCAUGGCGUCGUGGACACCAGACCUGCAGGCUCGGUAGGCGCCGGACCUGCAGGCUCCGCACGGGCUGCUGCGGGAGGUGGUUCGUUGUUUGGCUCGGAUGGCUUGUUUGGGAUGCAGGGGGAGGACGUGGAGGGGGAGGAAGGCGGGGAGGAGGAGGAAGAGGAGGAAGAAGAGGAGGAGGAGGAGGGCGGGGACGGGGAGGGAGACGAUGGGGAGGAGGAAUGGGAGGAGGGAGAUGCAGCAGGCAAGAAGCGGAAGAGAGGAAGCAAGGGGGGAAAGGCGGGGGGGAGGGGAAGGCGUGGCAGAGCAGGGGCAAGCGCAGCAGGCAGAGGCACAGGGAGGACGCGAGUGGACACGAGGGGGGAUGCUGAGAAGGAGGGCUUGCGGAGAAAGCUGGGCGAGGGUUGGCUAGGGAUGAAGGUAGAUAAGAAGCGGUUGGAUAAGAUGUGGGAGGUGCAGGGGGAGUUAUUGCAGCAGCAUGCCCUGCUGGAAGGGCAGUGGGGCGAUGAGGGCGAGCGGGUGGAGGAGAGGGGGAAGGAGAGAGGCGAGGCGUGGAUUGAGCGGUUGGAGCAGCAGGAGAAGCGACGACUGGCUGAAGAUGUGAAAUGGCGUGAGCGGCUGGAGAAGCAGGAGAAGCGGCGCCUGGCUGAAGAUGUGAAGUGGCGUGAGAUUGAGAGGUUGGAAGAGAAGCGACUGGCUGACGAUGUCGGGUGGCGCGAGGUAGUGAGGCGCAGGCGGGAUGGAAAGGAGGCGUGGGUUCGUGGGCGCGGUGUGAUGAUCUGA